AUGCCGCAGCCCGCGGCCGCCCUCGGGGCUGCCCUCCUGCUAGUCCUGCUGGCUACAGACUCCUCGCCGACCGUGCUGCUGAGAGCCCCGGAGGCUGCCCAGUUCUUGCGGCAGAGGCAGCGCCGAGCCUACCAGAUCUUCGAGGAGACCAAGCAAGGCCAUCUGGAGCGGGAGUGCGUAGAGGAGCUGUGCAACAAGGAAGAAGCCAGGGAAGUGUUUGAAAACGACCCUGAGACGGACUAUUUUUACCCGAAAUACUUGGCUUGUAUUGACAAAUUUGGGUCACCGUAUACAAGAAGUCCAGAUUUCCUUACAUGCGUUCAUAAUUUACCAAAUCAGUGUUCUCCUUACCCUUGCCAGAAAGAGGGGACUGAAAUAUGUGAAGAUCUAAAGGGUGACUUCUUUUGUCAUUGCAGACGUGGCUGGCGUGGGCGAAAAUGUGAACAAGAUAUUAAUGAAUGCAGUGUGCAGAAUGGUGGCUGUAACCAAGUCUGUCUCAACAACCCAGGCAGUUACCGCUGUUCAUGCUAUAGUGGUUAUGCUCUUCUUAAAAACAAUAAAAUAUGUGAAGACAUAGAUGAAUGCACAGUAUCAACAGGCAUCUGUGGAGAAGCUCGUUGUAAAAAUUUAAUAAGCUCGUAUGCAUGUCUGUGUGAUACAGGCUACAAAUACGAUAACUUAAGCAAGUCUUGUCAAGAUGUGAAUGAAUGUGAAGAGAAACUCUGUGAGCAAACCUGUGUCAAUUCACCAGGGAGUUACACCUGUCACUGUGAUGGCAAAGGGAGAGUUAAGCUUUCCCAGGACAUGAACACUUGUGAGGAUAUUAUACCUUGUGUGUCUUUUGCUGUUGCGAAAAGUGUUAAAUCUCUGUACCUGGGAAGAAUGUUCAGUGGUACACCUAUUAUCAGACUACGCUUUAAAAGGAAACAGCCCACAAGACUUGUGGCUGAAUUCGACUUUAGAACCUUUGAUCCUGAAGGUAUCCUUUUCUUUGCUGGAGGCCAUCAAGACAGCACAUGGAUAGUCUUAGCUUUGCGCAACGGACGGUUAGAAUUGCAGUUGAAGUACAAUGGAAUAGGCCGUGUGACCAGCAGUGGGCCAGUUAUCAACCAUGGCAUGUGGCAAACAAUCUCUGUUGAAGAACUGGAGAGAAGUUUGUUUAUAAAGGUCAACAAGGAUGCAGUUAUGAAAAUAGCUGUUGCAGGAGAUCUGUUUACUUUGGACAAAGGACUGUAUCAGCUGAACUUAACAGUAGGAGGCAUUCCUUUUAAAACUAAAGACCUUAUUCAGCCCAUAAACUCUCGGCUGGAUGGUUGUAUGCGGGCAUGGAACUGGUUGAAUGGCGAAGAUACUACUAUCCAAGAAACAAUAAAGCUGAAUGACAAGAUGCAGUGCUUCUCAGUGGCAGGACGAGGAUCCUUCUAUCCUGGCAGUGGUUUUGCUAUAUUUAAUUUCAAUUAUAUGCAACCAUCUGCUGGAAAUGAAACUGAAAGGAAUUGGGAAGUAGAAGUAAACACUGUAAUUCGGCCAGCAGCAGAUACCGGGGUACUGUUUGCUCUGGUUGGUGAAGAAGCUUCAGUCCCUUUAUCAUUGGCUCUGAUUGACUAUCAUUCCACAAAGAAACUUAAACAACAGUUCAUUAUCUUGGCCAUGGAGAGCACAGUUGUGUCCAGACUGGCAAUAAACGUUUGUGAUGAUCAGGAACACUCUGUGAACAUCUUCAUCAGCAAGGGGCAGUUAUCGCUCACCGUGGAUGGGACUGCAGGACAGAAUGAAUUAAGCCAUUCCCAGCUACAAGACAGUCUGUUUCUCUUGGAGGGCUACCUGCAGUCAUCUGUGAAGACACAUGUGGGAGGACUGCCAGAUGUUCCUGUCACUUCCACUCCAGUCACUGCAUUCUACCAUGGCUGCAUGACUGUGAAGAUGAAUAAUAAGGCACUGGACUUAGAUGAGGCUUUUUACAAGCACGGUGACAUCACAUCACAUUCUUGUCCUCCAACUGAGACUGGUCAAUAG